CGUUCCCAUUUGUCUCAUGAUUUCCCCGUCACCACGCGGCUUGAUGACGUCUCUUCGGCCAACACGUUGAAGAAACAACGUGGGGAAACAUCUCCGUCUCUAAAGAUGGAGAAACACACGGAUAACUUCAGUUUGAUGCUUGAUUCCAGCGACGAUGAGGCUCCAGAAGAGUUGACGUUUGAAGAGUCGAAGGCUCAGGCUCUGAAGAGCAUGAAGCACGCGCUGGACACCGCGAGGAGGGAAAAGGAGCAGCUGAAGGAGAAGAGAAGGAAGAGACAGGAAUUAUUCCAGGAACAGAAGAAAAGAAAGCUCUUACCGGCUGACGUGUUGGAGGAAAUCGACUCGGCUUCUUCAAAGAAGCAGAAACAGUCUGAAGACGAAGGUGAAGAGGAGCAGCAGGGCGAGGAGGAGGAGGGGAAAGAGAUGUCGAUCAAGAAGAAGAAAAGGAAGAGGAGUGGGAAGCUCGCUCAUGCCAGAAAUCUGAAGGGGAAGUACACGGUGACGACGGUGAAGCACGGAGCGUCCGAGGCGUCCCAGCGUCAGGCGGCCGAAGACUUCCUGCAGAGCCGCCUUUAUGGAGCGGGAAGCUGCAGGACCACAAGUAACGAGCUGCUUUCCCUGCAGAACAAGAAGGGGAGGAAUAAGAGUGCAGCGGUGCAGUUCGUCAAGAAAGACUGGGCCUGCAGCGAGAAAGCAAAGGCAGAGAAGCUGAAGAAGAGGUGGAUCCACAAGCAGAAGAUCCCCUGCUGAGGACCUGGAGCCCGUACACUGGAUCUAAACGGACACCAAUCACAGCUGACCUUCAGAAAUAUGGAGGAGGACAUCAGGAGAGGCUGUGGACAGACAUAUUGACUUAUUAUGGGGUUUUGCACCAGCCUGAAACCCUCAGUUCACCACGGAGAUUCAAGAUGCGUCUGUUUUGAGAUGAUGUAAAAUCGAAUAUGAUAAAAAUGAGGACAGUCUGUAACCUUGCUUAAAUGCGUCCUAUAAAACCAGAAAGAGACGCUCAACCGUUCUGAUGAUAUCGGGUCUUAUGUCACUUUAUUGAGGCCCAGAUUCAAGCAAAUGAUCCGACAGCUGAUCAGACUGACUCAUUUACUUCAUAAACGUUGCGUUCCUCUCCUUUCUGAACCGAGACGUUGCUUCAUCUGUUAUUAAAGAGCAGGACGUGUGGAUUCACAGGUGGACUCUUCACCUUCAGAUCCCAUGAGCUGCUCUUUGUUUUCUUUAAAGUGUGUUUUGAUAAAAAGUUUGUUCUAUCUGUAAAUAUGUUUGCCAGACUGAGAUGUGAUUAAAAGCUCAGGAAGAGAAUCAGAA